AUGGCACCGUCAAAAGCAGUGGAUCUAUCGGCAACAGCAGUUUCUCAGGGAACUUCCUUCGUAUUCUCUUUCCUCAAUGGUCAUCUAAACGCGAAAGACACUUCAUAUACUGAGAAUCUGUCAGUUACCAUCACAAAUCCAGGAAAUGUAGAUGCUGUAGUGACGAUCAACUCACCCUAUCCACUUUUCAGCAACCUUACCGUUACCGUAGGAAGCGGACAGUCAAAGACGGUCCCCAUAAAUCCUGCAGAUAUGCAAACCGAUUAUAUGGAUCAAUACCUGCAAAAAGCAGUUGUCGAGAAUAAAACUCUUUUUGUGAACUCUAACGUUCCAGUUUCCUUAAUUGGCAGUAAUAGCCUGACUGGAGGUGGAGGAGAGGACAAGUUCGUUGUUUUGCCGAUUUGUCAGUUAGGACAGGAAUAUCACGUUGUCGGGGACGAGUCCUCACACAAUUUCGCUAGUUAUCAAUCGACGAACAUCAUUACUGUAAUUGCUGUGCAGGACAACACUAAUGUA